AUGGCAUUGUUGCAAUACUUCAAUGGCAGCCCGGCUGAAGAACAGCUAUACGCGUGCAUGAAGUCAUUGGCACGUUUCACGCAGAUCAGCGGCCAAGAUGUACCGCAACUCAUACAAAUGAUUGGGCCGGAACCAAACAAAUUUCGUGGAACGUCCGAGAGGAUCGACGAACAAAUUGACCAGAAAUCUAUGCUUGAACAAAGUAAAUUGAAUAUUACUCUGGAUCAGAGUACGAAAGAAUCUCUGGUGAUUAGCAAAAGGAAUAUUAUUGUAAAACCUUAG